UAAAAUUAUGUAAUGGAGUUUAUAAGCAGCCUUAAAUUAUUUUCUUGCUGUUUCUGUGAUUAUAAAUAAAUAUUCUUUUUUCAAUCUUUGUCUUUUUUAUUAACUUGUAUGUACAAGUUUACAUGUAAAAUCUGGUCAAUCUUUCACUUACACAAACAAAUUAUGACAUAAAACUGAUAUAGGUGUGUGUAUAUAUCUUUAUGACUGGUCACCUGUCACAAUAUACACAGGUUUAAAUAUUACAGGUGUACCAGGUGUGACAACAAUCUCCGGGUAGCCACACCUGUCCCCUGUAUACCUGGCUGUGCUCACUGAGCUGUGUCCACCUGUCAGCUGAAUUUACAGUUAACUUCCCACCCCAAUAAGCAAUGUUGUGUCACCCCCCUGCUGUGACAAUUCAUCAGAGUGGGUAUUUAUAAGACUAUACAGAGAAUCAACCAUCACUGCUAUCUAAGUCUGAAAAGUAUACAGGGAUUAGACAGAGAAAGUUAAUCCACCUAUAAAAAUACUUGAGAUUCUAAGUUAAUAGACUAAAAGGCUAGCCUCUCUACUAGGUAUUAUUGUUUUUUUAAUGUAAGAUAGAGAGGUAAAUUUUAAGAUGAUGACAAAGAUUCAGCAGAAGAAACUCUUACUGGCCAGUUCUGAUGUUUUAACUGAUUUCCUCAAGAACUACAGCAAAGCUGGACAACAAAUUCAUUGCCUUGAUGAGUACACUUCCCAGCUGACAAAACAAGCCAUUGCCGCCAUGAGGACAGGAAACAAGGGGAAAGCACUCCAGCUGCUGAAGCGACGGUGUGUGGCUGACGGCAUCAAACACAUGUACCGCCAGUAUCGACAACUCAAGUGGUCUCAAGCUCAGAAACUCGCACUCAGUGUGGCAAGUACCAUCAACCCCGACAUCACCCUCCCUCAACGUCCCCAUGACAACCAGGAGGGGGUGGAGGAGAUCCAGGUGGAAAAGUUCGCACAGACAAUGAUGGUGGCUCAGUGUAACUUCAGUAGGAACAGUUGAACAAUGAUAGCCCAGUGUAACGGUUAAAUA